AUGGAUCCCAAUUAUGAUCUCGGACUGGGAGCCCGUGUGAACGGCGAUAUUUCAGACUUUGUGAAUCUAUUGAAGAAUCCCUUUCGCCAACAAGCAAAAUCUACCUCGAUUUGGGCUGCUUUGGGCGUAUCGGUUGGCUUCACGGUCUUGACCACCAUUUUCUUUUCAGUCCUCCGACCUCAUCACCAGUCCCUAUAUGCGCCAAGAUUGAAACACGCCGACGAGAAACAUGCGCCUCCUCCGAUCGGCAAACAACCAUGGGCGUGGGUCACGCCGUUGUGGAAGACCAACGAAGCGAAUCUCGUGAGCCAAAUUGGCAUGGACGCAACCAUCUUCUUGCGAUUCGUCCGCAUGUGCCGCAACAUCUUUCUGGUCCUGAUGAUCAUUGGCAUUUGUAUCCUCGCCCCAAUCCAUUGGACUCAAUCGGAAGCUGCAAAAGAGGCUGGAGAAGACGGAGACAGUUGGCCCCUCAAGUUAACACCUCUGAAAACCAAAGGCAGUUUCAUUUGGUCGCAGGUAGUGGUCGCAUACCUUUUUAACUUCACGAUCGCCUUUUUCCUCUGGUUCAACUACAAAAAGGUUGUGGCGCUACGAAGAGCCUAUUUUGAGAGCGAUGAAUACCAAAACAGCCUUCACGCCCGAACCCUCAUGCUUUUCGAUAUUCCAAAGCAAGGCACCUCUGACGAGGGAAUUGCACGAAUCAUUGACCAAGUCGCUCCUAACUCAUCUUUCGCUAGAACUGUGGUUGCGCGAAACGUCAAGGAUCUCCCAGACCUCAUCUCUCAGCAUGAACACGCGGUUAGGAAACUGGAGAAGGUUCUUGCGAAGUACUUGAAGAAUCCCAACCAACUACCUCCUGGCCGACCAACCUGCAACCCUUCCAAAAAGGAUCGUGCUAGAGACACUUAUGUGAAGGGCCAAAAAUUGGAUGCUAUCGAAUACUACACCCAGCGUAUUCGUCAACUUGAGCUGCAAAUUCAAUCCGUUAGAUCAAGUGUGGACAGACGCAGCACUCAGCCAUAUGGUUUCGCUAGUUACGCAGAGAUCAGCGAGGCCCACAACAUCGCAUAUCUUUGCCGCAACAAGAAGCCUCAUGGCACAACUAUCAAGCUGGCUCCGCGACCGAAUGACCUCAUCUGGAAGAAUAUGCCCUUGACCCCGGCCGCGAGAAGCCGAAGCAAAUGGUUCAACGGCUUCUGGAUUCUCUUAUUAACGAUCCUUUGGAUUGUUCCCAACGCCCUGAUUGCUAUUUUCCUCGUGGAUUUGAGUAAUUUGGCUACGUUUUGGAAAGGGUUUGGAGAGUCCUAUAACGGCAACCCCAAGGUUUGGGGUGUUGUUCAGGGUAUCCUCUCUCCUGCCAUCAUGUCUCUGGUUUAUCUCGUAUUGCCUAUGCUCUUCCGUCGGCUUCAAAUCAGGGCUGGUGACAAAACCAAAACGGGACGUGACAGGCACGUUCUGGGCAAGCUGUUUGCCUUCUUUGUGUUCAACAACCUCGUCGUCUUCACGAUCUUCAGCGUUAUCUGGUCAUUCAUAGAUGGUGUUAUCGCACUCGUGGAUGAGUACGAUUUAGACGCAUGGACAGCUAUCGUACGAGCCGACCUCGCCAUGAGUAUCCUUACCUCGCUCUGCACAAACAGUGCCUUUUGGGUGACCUAUCUGCUGCAACGACAACUUGGCGCUGCCAUCGAUCUGGCUCAAUUGUGGCCUCUUGCGGAGGCUUUCUUCCUGAAGAAGUUUUCGAGCCCGACACCCCGAGAAUUGAUCGAGCUGACCGCGCCGCCACCUUUCGAUUACUCCAGCUACUACAACUAUUUCCUGUUUUACGCUGCAGUGACUCUCUGUUAUAGUGGCAUCCAACCGCUUGUACUUCCCGCCACAGCUUUGUACUUCUCGAUCGACUAUUGGCUGAAGAAGUAUUUGCUGCUCUACCGCUUUGUGACAAAGACAGAAUCUGGCGGCCUUUUCUGGCGUGUCCUCUUCAACAGAUUCAUCUUCAGCGCUAUCCUAGCCAACCUUGUCGUUCUGUUGACCACUUGGUGCCAAAGUGGUGGUGAAUGGAUGAAUCGCAUUCCCUUCUGGACAUCGAUUCCCCUUCCGCUUUUCAUGAUAGGUUUCAAAAUCUACUGUGCGAAAACUUUUGAUAUCAAGCUCCAGUUUUACAGUACUACCGUCACUCACAGGCAUCCGGAAAGUGGGAUGCAGAAAGAGGAUCGUCAGCGUGGUGAAAGACUGGCAAGCCGUUUUGGCCAUCCGGCUCUCUACAAGAAACUUAUCACGCCCAUGGUUCAUCAGAGGGCGCAAAAUCUUCUGCCUGCUGUCUACACCGGCCGGCUAACGGACGGUCGCGAUGGAGGAGCGGAUGACCUGGCAACUAUCAGUGGCUAUUCAGAUAUGUUUGCAUUAAGUAACAUGCAGGGUGGAAAGCCCGGCAAGGCCGCUGGGGGCAUUCCAGGUUUCGAGUAUGUGUCAGAUAACCACAUGGACUUCGAGUUUUUUAAGAACCGAGCAGAGUUUGGUGAAGAUCACGGCGGAGGUGAGAUCUAUGGCCGACAAGGAGAUAUCAUGCGCCCCGGCACACCCGGGUCCAUGGGCGAGGGUAGUGACGCAGGAUCGAGAUCACAGAGUCCGAGUGCUGGGCCACGGACGGCUCGUCGUUCUGUAGGAAAUGCCCUCGAUACCAGUUACCAGGCGUACCGACCUGACCAAGGCGACGUUGGUAUUGGACGAAACCAUAGCCCUCUCUAUACGCAGGACAAUGGCAGUCUGACUGGGCUGGUUAGCAACGCAGCAGCUCCCCCAACAGGAGGUUUUGACCAAUACUCUUACCGCCAUGGGUCAAUGGACAGGAGUACCCCUACACCUUCAGUUACACCGGGCGGCCGGGUGAUGCCUUCGCGCACACAGAGCCCUGGGCCUUCAGUUGGCGCGUUGGGAGGCGGGCCGCACGGCUACAGUGGUCUUGCACAGACGGAGUUCUCAGACCAUGACAAUGGCGACGCACCUCAGUACGACUAUUUCCGUGGCGGCAAAGGGAGGAAACCCCCGGGGCAGGGUUGGUGA